AUGGAGCCGAGAUUCGUUCAGCACUGGCCAGGAGAAAAUUGGGUGUCUGCCGCAAACGCAGGUGUUUUCUCCGAUGCGGAAUAUGAGCUAAAGCACCGGCGGCAACUGGUGGAAAAGUGGGCUUCGGCUACACAGGAAUUUCGUGAUGUGAAUUCAACUCAGUCAAAUCCGUCAAAUCUCCAAAGUCUUCCAGGCACAGAGGGGCUAAAUUCAAAUGCACCUAUUGAGGGCCUUCGGUACCCAGUCGAAGCAUUAGAACGUAUCUAUGACACUCUUCAGCCAGAACGUUCCAACGGCCUUAUUUGUCUUGCCCCUGUUGACGAGGCCCAUUCUGAAAAUCGGGCGCGAUUGGUGAAAUUCGCCAUCCUAUCGUAUAACUAUGAUAUCGAGACUGGGCACAUUUUAGGCAAUAACUACAUUCCAUAUGAGGCUAUCCUUAACCCAGCAAUUACGACCGAUCCUCCGGUAGAGGAUUAUCUACCCUGGCGAGAUCUUGAGACUGCAAGCUUCCUUACCAUCUAUCUCACACAUACUGGCACUUUGCUCUACCUCGAAAAUGAAGGCCCGUAUAUGUUAGUUGAUGAACUAGGCCUACAAAGUGGGCGCCUGAAAAUCAUCGAUUAUGAAGUUGAUGGAAGUGUGAGUUCCGUUGAGAUCCGCCCAUUCAAUAUGAAAAUGCCGUACUUAUACGCUUUCGUUAACUGGAAAAGUUUUGAUGUUAUCAAACAUACUUAUGGUGCUUAUAGACACCAAAAUACGCCAUUUGACAUGGACAUACCGGUCGUCGAUAUUCUCUGUCAAGCUAAGGACGCUAACCAAUGUCCAAACUCAAUGAUCCUCUGUGACCGAGAGUAG